UUCGCAGCUUCCGUUGUUACCGGAGUCGAGAAUCCGUCUUGGAAGAUGAACGGUCAGGAUCUCGAACUGGAGAAAGCUCGGUUGCUGAGCCUCGCUACCAGACUCGGAUUCGACGAAGAGUCCGCGAAGAAAUGCUUGGAUCGAUUCGUCGAUCUCUACGGUGAUGAUGGUCGAGAUUUCAUCACUGUUGAGUUAUGUGGAGACGAUUUUCUCGCGGCGUUGGCUGAUUUCGAGGAAGGAACCGAGGAAUGGGAUGACGUACAGGCUUUGGAGACCGAAGCUCAGGGAACGUUGGCUGAGAUGUUUAAUAGAGGUAACACUAGUGAUAACGGAUUCGAGACUGAUGAUGGUGAGUCGAGUGUCCAAGUUCAUGUCAUUGAGGAUUCUCCUGAGUCGAAGAAUAAACCUGACGUGAUGGAGCUGGAUUCUUCUAGUGAUUUUGAAGAUGAUGAGGAUACGCAGACAGGUUCUAGAAGUCACUCUUUGAGAUCCAUGGAAUAUUCCAUGGAAGAUUCAGUACCAACGAUUUCAGGCAGAAAACCUUCUGUACCUACAUCAGGCAAGGACCAUGAAACUCCAAGCUACGAAGAGUUGCAGGCGUUGGAUGAUCUGGAAUUUGCGAACUUGGUUAUUUUUGGGAACAAGGUGUUCCGGCCCCUGCAGCAUCAAGCAUGUAGAGCAUCUAUGGAAAAGAAGGAUUGCUUUGUUCUAAUGCCGACGGGAGGGGGGAAAAGUUUGUGUUACCAGCUUCCUGCAGCACUGAAAACUGGAGUUACCAUAGUUAUAUCUCCUCUGUUAUCCCUCAUCCAGGAUCAGAUAGUUGCACUGAAUCUUAAGUUCGGUGUACCAGCAACUUUUCUGAACUCUCAGCAAACAUCUUCCCAAGCAGCAAUUGUAUUACAAGAGCUCAGAAGAGAUAAUCCGUCAUGUAAACUCUUAUAUGUGACACCUGAGAAAAUCGCUGGAAGUUCAUCCUUUUUGGAGACACUAAAAUGCUUAGACGGCAAGGGCCUGCUGGCCGGUUUUGUGGUUGAUGAGGCUCACUGCGUGAGCCAAUGGGGACAUGACUUCCGGCCAGACUACAGAGAACUGGGAUGUCUUAAACAGAACUUUCCCCGUGUUCCGGUGAUGGCUCUUACAGCCACAGCUACUGAAUCAGUCUGUCAGGACGUACUAAAAAGUCUGAGAAUCCCCAGGGCUCCGGUUCUCAAGAUGAGCUUUGACCGAACCAAUUUAAAGUACGAGGUGAUCAACAAGACCAAGGAGCCACUCAAACAGCUGCAAGAGCUGCUAAAAGACCGGUUCAAGGAUCAGUCUGGGAUCGUUUACUGUCUCUCCAAAAGCGAAUGUGUUGAUGUAGCAAAGUUUCUGAACGAGAAAUGCAAAGUGAAGACUGUUUACUACCACGCUGGUAUGCCUGCGAAACAGAGAGUUGAUGUUCAGAGGAAAUGGCAAACAGGGGAGGUUCGGAUUGUUUGUGCGACCAUUGCAUUUGGGAUGGGAAUAGACAAAGCAGACGUGCGUUUUGUUAUACACAACACAUUGUCAAAAGCGAUAGAAAGCUACUACCAAGAAUCAGGGAGAGCAGGAAGGGACGGGCUUCAAGCGCAGUGCAUUUGCUUGUACCAGAAGAAAGAUUUUAGCAGAGUCGUCUGCAUGCUGCGUAACGGACAAGGCAGAAACAUGGAUAGAUUCAAGUCAGCCAUGGCUCAGGCCAAGAAGAUGCAGCAGUACUGUGAGCUUAAGACUGAAUGCAGAAGACAGAUGCUACUAGACUACUUUGGAGAGUCAUUCGACCGAAGGAUUUGUAAAAGCAGUUUACAUCCGUGUGAUAACUGUGAAAAGAGCUGAAAUAAUCUUAGUCACAUCUUUGAUUACUUAACCUGUUAUGGAUGUAUAGUUUUGUUAAAAUGACCUUAGCGUUUGCAUGCAUAAGCAUAAUCAAUUGUUAA